UUUUUGUUUUGCAGACUGCACUGACAUCAUUCCGCUUUCCUAGAGAAAUUUGACGAUAAAAAUGGAAGCCCUCGACAUACUGGAAAAGAGAAUAGAUGCGUUGACGCGAGUACUCGGCCCACUGCCGGAACAACAUGUUGGCGAUGGCGAUUGCAAUCCGAAGACGGCAAACAUUGUGGAUUCGCUGUGCUCGGCCAACGCCUUGCUGAGUGAGGCGACAACGGGACGCAGCCAGCUGCAGCAGUGCGUGGGGCGGGCGGCGGAACUGGAGAAGUAUCUGGAUCCCAACUACCUGGAGGAGCAGCAACAGGUGCGCUCCAAGGAGGUAUAUCUGAAUGCUGUGGCACCCGAACUCUAUGCGCAGAGCGAGCAGCUGGAGCGGGUGAAGCAACUGGAGCCGGCACUGGGUGCGGAAUACUUUCGGAGUAUACCCAGCGAGUGCCUGGACAAACUCAAGCAGAUCACCGAGAACAAUGGGGAAUAUGCCCAGCAGAGCGAACUGAUCGAGGAGAGUCUGAUAUUGGCCAUGAAGCGCUAUGGCGAAAUCCAGGCGGGUUUGCUCAACUCUCUGGAUGCGAUGAGCGACCGACUCGAGCAGGUCGAGCAGCGCAUGGAGCAACAGAAGCGAUCCGAUCUCGUCAAGGAUGUGCCGCCCAAGGACUGAGUUCGGAUGCGGCUGCUGCUGCUGCUGCUGCUGCGAUUUAUGCUGAAAGUAUUUAAGCCUAGACAUUUGUUCCACUGUUCUCCAUUAAGAUUUUUUAUUAUUUAAUACGCUAGCACAAUACACACGAAUCUAUCAA